CUACUUGACUGGCUUGUUUUACAUACUUGACUUAUUUUCCUGCUACCGCGAAUGCUUUGGUUGUUGGCUCAAUUUUGGUGCCUCAACAAGUGGUGCCCACUUACUUAACUCCGCCAUGGAAAACAAUACUAUUUCACAGAAAAUGUAGAUAUAUUACAUUUGUUAUCGAUAGCUGCCCUGGCCAAAUUUAAAGUUAAAAUAUUGAUUAAUACAAAUAAAUACAUUUGAUAAAUAAAAGUAGGCGCUAUGGACUUCACCGGGUUUGAAGUGCGCAAGUGCCCACCGACAGCCAUGUACAUUCCCAAUUUCAUUACUUCGGAGGAGGAGCAGAGGAUUCUCAGCCAUAUUGAGCGGACGCCAAAGCCGCGCUGGACGCAGCUGCUUAAUCGGCGCCUGGUCAACUAUGGCGGUGUUCCGCAUCCCAAUGGAAUGAUUGCCGAGGAGAUACCCGAAUGGCUGCAGAGCUAUGUGGACAAGGUGAAUAAUCUUGGUGUGUUCGAGUCGCAGAAUGCCAAUCACGUGCUGGUCAACGAGUAUUUGCCCGGGCAGGGCAUCCUUCCUCACACCGAUGGACCGCUCUUCUAUCCCAUCAUAUCCACAAUUUCCUGCGGCGCCCACACCGUUCUGGAGUUCGCCAAGCGUGAGGGGACGACAGCAGAGGAAGGUGAUGCCUCUGUCGGUGACGGUGACGGUGAUGGUGAUCAGGCGGGUCGGGUAGUUCUCUUCAAGCUAUUGCUGGAGCCGCGAAGUCUUCUCAUUUUGAAGGACACUCUGUACAGUGAUUACUUGCACUCCAUUGCGGAGACCAAAGAGGAUGUACUCUGUGAUCGCAUUUGCAACUAUGAUUUGUGUGAGACCACCUACAAGAUGGGGGACCAUUUGGUGCGACGCGCCCCCCGCAUCUCCCUAACCAUACGCAACGUGCCCAAGACCAGCAAAAUGAAGCUGAAGUUCUGCUAGACUGACCCGAACCACUCGAACCACGCACUCGUAAACGUAAACGUUGUUGCUGUUGAUUAAAUGUUAACUAAAUGCACGAAGAAACCAGCCCACUGAUGUCAGCCACCAAAUAAGCCAACCCAACAGCAAUACACCCGGGAUAUAUGGCGACUAUCUAUGAUAAUCUGCAAAAAGAAUCUUCCGCUAGUUGUUUAAGCACCCACACGCGCACCUGAGCAAUCAAUGUUUGCCCACACAAAAGUGCUUUAUUUUAUCAUUAAUAUUAUGUAUAGAUGAUAUAUAUAUAUAAAUGUUUGUAUUACGUAUUUGUGGAGCAAUAAGUUCAGCCGUACUGAGAGACAGGCUCCAGACCCAAGUUCCUUAACCCUGCUGGGUGUUCAGCCUGUCUGCAUCCGGCCUUAUAGAUUUAGUUUCGCGAGCAAUUUUAAAGAGCAAUCCACGGCUGAGAGCCAUGAAUUGUGUGUUGUUAAAUGGAGAACGAUGCGCUCUGUACUGUGCUCUGUAUGCGCAUCGCUAUACUCCAUACAAAUCCUGUGUGUAUUUUUGUAACCGUUUUUCACCAUGCACCGAAAAAUGAUAUGGAUCAAUUCCAAAAAGUGUUGCAAAUAAAAGUUAUUGUCGAUUGUUAC